AUGGUUAUUUCGUGUGAAAACGAUCUUUCGAAGGAACACAAUACUGAACAGUCAUCGUUCGACGUAGAACACCCAAGUGUCAAUGAACAAACUCUGCAUUCACCGACAUUACGCCAACGAUGUGAAAAAUUAUGCGAUGACAUCCAUAAAAUUCAAAUGAUUGAGUACGAACAAUCCUUAAUCUCGGAACGAAUGAUUUCCAUUGACGCUGAAAAGCAACAGUUAGAACAAUUACUGAAUAUCUUACGAUCAUCAAAACCUAACGACAAGAAGAAGACGCCGAAAUCCCAUCCACACUCAUCGAAACGUCUUCACUGCAAAUCCAAACCACGAUGA